AAGCCAAACUAAUAUUGGAUUGCAUGACAGAAUACGUCUUUGCUGCAAGAAAAAGAAACUUUGCUGUCUUGAUCAUGAUACAUAUAUGUUUUUUUUUUACCAAUACAAUAGAUGAGAUUUGUAUCUUCUUAUUUUUACCACAGUGAGGUGAAAAUAGUGUUAAAGCGUGGGAAGGAAAUGUCCCUUUGAGCAUAGGCUGGUCCGCACGUGCCAGGGUUUAUCACUUCACUAUGGCAUUGUCUCGUUCCCAAAAAUGAUAAGAAAGAUAUUUCUCUCUUGUUAGUGAAGUGAAGUGAAAGCUUUACAAAAACAAAACAAAAAAUCUCUCCCUCUUCUCCACAACUCCCUCCACUUCUCUUCUCAACUCUCUCUCUCUCCAUUUUCCCAGUGUCUUUCAAGGGUUUCGUUUCGCCGUUUCGACUACCCGAAACCUCGAAACUGAUGCAUUUAGGGGUUUUGGGGGGUUUAUCUUUCUACCACUCCAUAUACUCACCUCCCUUGCCCACUCAAAUGGCCGCCGUCGGAGCUCUCUCGCCGUUCCCCUACAGCCUCCUCUGGCGGCCCAAGUCUUCAAACCGCACCGUUUCGUGCUCCGUCGGCUCUUCUACUGCUCCUCCUACAGGCACGCGCGGGUCUAAUUAUAAAAGAUCAGGAAGAGUGGAGGGGCCUCGGAAAAGUAUGGAAGACUCUGUUCAGAGAAAGAUGGAGCAGUUUUAUGAAGGGAGAGAUGGUCCACCACUGCGUGUUUUGCCAAUCGGUGGACUGGGAGAAAUUGGGAUGAAUUGCAUGCUGGUUGGGAAUUAUGAUCGAUAUAUACUGAUUGAUGCCGGUAUCAUGUUUCCAGACUUUGAUGAACUUGGAGUCCAAAAGAUAAUACCUGAUACCACAUUUAUCAGAAAAUGGAAACACAAAAUUGAAGCAAUUGUCAUUACACAUGGCCAUGAAGAUCACAUUGGUGCGUUGCCUUGGGUGAUCCCAGCUUUGGAUCCCAGUACACCAAUAUUUGCAUCAUCCUUCACCAUGGAGCUUAUUAGGAAACGUCUGAAGGAAAAUGGGAUUUUUGUUCCAUCCAGACUCAAGAUGUUCAGAACAAAGAGGAAAUUUAUGGCCGGGCCAUUUGAAAUUGAGCCUAUCCGAGUGACGCAUUCUAUUCCCGACUGUUGUGGAUUAGUUCUUCGCUGUGCUGAUGGUACAAUUCUUCAUACCGGGGACUGGAAGAUUGACGAGUCACCACUGGACGGUCAAGGUUUUGAUCGUGAAGGUUUGGAAGAACUUUCAAAAGAAGGAGUAACAUUGAUGAUGAGUGACUCUACAAAUGUUCUCUCACCUGGAAGGACAACAAGUGAAUCUUCUGUGGCAGAUGCACUGAUGAGGCAUAUUUCAGCAGCUCAAGGGAGGGUUAUUACCACCCAGUUUGCAUCAAACAUACAUCGACUUGGAAGUGUGAAAGCUGCUGCUGAUGCUACUGGUAGAAAGUUGGUAUUUGUUGGUAUGUCCUUAAGGACAUAUCUUGAUGCAGCUUGGAGGGAUGGGAAGGCACCAAUUGAUCCAUCAACCCUGGUGAAAGUGGAAGAUAUUGAUUCCUAUGCUCCAAAGGAUUUGCUAAUCGUCACAACUGGCUCUCAAGCAGAACCACGUGCAGCUCUAAAUCUUGCAUCAUUUGGAAGUAGUCAUUCUGUCAAACUGACCAAGGAAGAUAUAAUUUUAUAUUCUGCUAAGGUUAUUCCUGGUAAUGAAUCUCGGGUAAUGAAAAUGUUAAACCGCAUAUCAGAUAUGGGAUCAACGAUAGUGAUGGGUAAGAACGAGGGGCUGCACACUUCUGGUCAUGGGUACCGUGGAGAACUGGAGGAAGUGCUUAGAAUUGUGAAGCCACAGCACUUUCUGCCCAUACAUGGAGAACUCUUGUUUCUCAAAGAGCAUGAAUUGCUUGGGAGAUCAACUGGCAUCCAUCACACCACUGUAAUAAAGAAUGGGGAAAUGCUUGGGGUUUCUCAUUUGAGAAACAGAAGGGUACUUUCAAAUGGUUUCACCUUGCUUGGAAAGGAGAAUUUGCAGUUGAAAUAUAGUGAUGGUGAUAAAGCAUUUGGUACAUCAAGCGACCUUUGUGUUGAUGAGAGACUAAAAAUUGCCUUAGAUGGCAUAAUAGUGAUCAGCAUGGAAAUUUUACGGCCCCAAAAUGUAAAUGGUCUGGCUGAAAGUAGCAUAAAAGGAAAGAUAAGAAUUACCACCCGAUGUUUGUGGCUUGACAAAGGAAAGCUAUAUGAUGCGCUCUAUAAAGCUGCCCAUGCUGCACUGUCAAGCUGCCCUAUUAAUUGUCCUUUACCUCACAUGGAAAGAACAGUGUCUGAGGUAUUGAGGAAAUUGGUAAGAAAAUACAGUGGUAAAAGGCCAGAAGUUAUUGCUAUUGCCAUGGAGAAUCCCACAGCAGUUCUUGCCGAUGAGGUCAGUACAAGACUAUCUGGAAAGUCCCAUGUUGGUUACGAGAGGUCAGCUUUACGAAAAGUAAUUGAUGGAAAUUCAAAUAAGAGUCGACCAACUAGGACAGAAGCAAAUGCAGCCAAGGACAAUACACAUCUGCAGAGCACCACUUCAGAGCAAGAUUUUGAAGAUGAUGGUGGUGAAGUCAAAGCACCACUACCUGUGGAAGUUUCCACAGUCAAUCCCGAAAAGCUUUCUUCUGAUACAAAGGAGCCAGAUGAUUUCUGGAAUGCAAUGGUCAAGUUAUCAGCUGGUGACAAAUUAGCAGAAGAUAAAGAUGGUUUGGUUCUGCAAGAGGAACAUGUAAAGAAAGAUGACUCUGAAAGCACUGAGACACCAAAUCCUUCAAAGCCGGUGAAACGGAACAAAUGGAAGCCCGAGGAGGUUAAAAAGUUUAUUGAAAUGCGUGGGAAACAGCAUAGCAGAUUUCAAGUUGUGAAGGGGAGAAUGGCGCUAUGGGAAGAAAUAUCUAGAAACUUGUUGGCUGAGGGGAUCAAUCGAAGCCCCGGGCAAUGCAAAUCUUUGUGGUCAUCUUUGGUUCAGAAAUACGAGGAAAGCAAGAGUGGAAAGAGAAGCCGAAAGAGUUGGCCAUAUUAUGAGGAAAUGGAUGGAGCUUUGUCUGAUUCAGAGGCAAUGGCAACCAAGUGAUUGGGGGAGACACCAUGAGCAAGGGUCCUCGGAAACGAUAUUUUCUCUCGUAAGCCCUGGAGCUUUAACCAAAUGGCAACUCAUCCACAACUUUGAAUGGUUCCUCAAAUAUCUAUGAAUGCGGGGACAGUUUCCAGAUCAAAGUAGUGAGAAAGCUGGAAAUGGGUUAUUUAGUAUUGUGCCCACACAGCCUUGAUGUGUAUCAGUUCAAUGAGAUAGAUGAGCAUGGAGAGUAGGGGACGGGAUGGGGAGAUCCUUGUUUCUACAAUUUUUGUCCUACAUUGUUCCAUUUAACAUUAUUCUUUCUACUGUAGAAAAUAGUCCGGUGACAUUAUUCUUACUGUGCGCUCACAUUACACCUGGUCGGGCCUCAUAUUAUAUUUAUUUUUUCACCUUGUGCCAACAAAUCA